GGUUGAAUGCAAUUUUUAUGCAAAGGCAAAUGGUUGAAUGCAAUCGCUGCAGCGGAAGAGUCUUCAAUCGGAAAGGCGGAUCAAUUGUGGGAAAAGGGUAAUCCUUCAGUUCAGCUUUCUUUUUAAGAUCGGCAAUUCUGCAUUGAUAAGUGAACUCCUGACGUGCUUGUCCUACUCGGUUUCAUCUCUUUCACAUCAUUUCAGGCGUAGGAGACAUAAUUCUAUCCUUCCCACUCCCAUCCUCCCUACAGCCAUCCUUCCUACUCCUAUCCUAUCCUUCCCACUCCCUAUACUCGAAACCCCGCCAUGUCUACCGUGUUUAGGAAGACCAUCUCCAAAGCCUUGACUACCCGACCCUCACAUAUCGCUAAUGUUGCCUCACGAUGCCAGCCUUCACCCCUAAACGCCACCCGUCCAUUCACCAACACCACCUUCCUACGAAAAGAUGAACCGAAACCGCCCCCAGAUGGCGCCGACUACACCACCGGGACGAAUCCCGGCUCCUCCGGCGACCACGAAGGUCAAUUCGCCCGAACCGACCCAAGCGUCGUCGUCGAAUACCCUGAAGAAGGCGACCUUCCACACAGCAAGCCGGUGCAUGGACGAGGAGGCAUGCACUACAAGCGAACCCUAGCCAGCUUCACCCUCGAGAACCACGUCGCCAUCGUGACUGGCGGCGCCCGCGGUCUGGGGAUGAUCAUGGCCCAAGGCCUGAUCGAGAGCGGCGCGGACGUCGCACUCGUCGACCUGAACCUCGAAGAAGCGCAGCGAUCGGCCGCGCAGCUGCGGGAGACGUUCAAGCGGGAGAACGACCCGUCCGACCCGCCGCCGAAGGUCACGGCGCAUUUCGCGGACGUCGCGGACCCAGACUCCGUCACGAGCUGUAUCGAUGAUGUGGUGAAGGCACACGGCAAGGUGGAUGUGCUGGUCACGUCGGCUGGGUUUACGGAGAAUUUCCCGGCGGAGCAGUAUCCGAUUGAUCGGAUGAGGAAGCUUUGGUCCGUCAAUGUGGAUGGGACGUAUCUGUUCGCUACGGGGAUCGCACGCCAUUUGAUGGAGCGGGAUGCCAAAGGAAGCAUCAUAUUCAUCGGCAGCAUGAGCGGUGCGAUCGUGAAUGUUCCGCAGCCACAGGCGCCGUAUAACGCCGCGAAGGCGGCGGUCAGACAUCUUGCGUCGAGUUUGGCGGUCGAGUGGGCCGAGAAGGGGAUCCGAGUCAACUGCAUCAGCCCGGGAUACAUGCUGACAGCAUUGACGCAGAAGAUCCUGGACGACAACCCGGAUCUCCACAAGAAAUGGACGUCACUUAUCCCGGUGGGGAAGAUGGGCCGACCGGU